ACGAAGGAGGUGCCGAAUUUUGCUUUGAAAAACAUAUAGCUGGUCCAAAUCUUGAGCUUGUAUUUCACAGCAAUAAUCGGUUAAAUGCAACCUAUAUAUUCUGCAAUAGAUAUCUCUGCUGCGAAACAUGUGUAAAGAUGCCUCCCCGACACUGGAAACGCAUGAACAGGUGCCGCGCUCGCCAUUGGCCGACGGGCGGGGCGAAGGGCCAAUCGCGGAGCGGAACGCGGUGUGGCCCCUUUAAAAAUGGCCGCGACACAAAGGCUUGGAGAUUCGCUGCUUAGAAUGAAAAAUGGCAAGGAAAAAGGUGGUGGUGGCAGCAAGGAGAAUCCCAAAUAUACAUGUCGUGGAAAUCAUGAUAUGAAUGUUGAAGAAGAAUUGGCCAAGUUACAACCAUCACAGCGCCUCCUUGAUUACUACAGAGAAAAGGUAGCAAAGUUUGAGCAGGAGACCCAGGAACUGGAAAAUUUUCUUAGGAAGUAUGAGCAAGCAGCAAAGCCAUCCUUUGUAGAGAAGGAAAGGGAGCAAAUGACACGAGAACUCAUCGAGUUGAGAUCUGCGCUUUCAGAUGUGAAUGUUUUCAUUCAUGCAGAGCGACAGCAAGUAGUUAGGCUUCAUGCUGAGAAUGAAAGAUUAAAG